UUAGAUAGCAUCAUCAUUCAGUAACAUUUCACAUUGUGCGAACAACCUGCAACAAGAAACAUGAAGCUUAUCGUGACGGUUCUUUCCAUCAUUGGGUUGACGAUGGUGUUUGCUCGUCCACCGCAUCAUCACUCCGGUGGUGGAUCAUUCAACAAUGGCACUGGACCUAGUUACAACCAUUCUGGACCAUCGAAUAAUUCUGCCAAUGUGCCCAGGUUCGGUUUCAAUCAACUGCCCAGCUUCCCCGGCUUUGGUAACGGACAACAAUUCGCACAACCAUCCGGAAUACCAUUCUUUGGACAAAACGGAAACGGAAACGGACAAGGACAGGGAGGCUUUCCUAGCUUCGGAGGCGGCCCACAAAAUGGUGGUGGUUUUCCUUUUAUCCCUGGUAAUGGACAGCAGGGAGGAAACAAUCAACAAGGUGGUAACUUUCCGUUCUUUACAUAAAGUAAACGAAAACGGUUAAAAAAUAGAGAAAACAACGUAAAAAACAAAUAAAUUAAAAAAAAAAAAAUCACUGGUUCAAGCGGUA